AUGUUAGAAAAAACAGACGAAAUUUACUACUACCAAAAAAAAAAAAAAACAGACAAAAUAGGGGGGGUUUAUAAGUGACGGAUUCGAUAGGGUUUUAUAAAAUCCAAUUCUUCCCGAUUCAAAUCCGGUAAAACAAACAACAUAAAAUUCACCCCUGUUUCAAACACUUGUACUUUCUUGUUCUUAUUCCCAUUCCUUUAUGCACAGUUCACACUUUCUCAACAACACACAGAGAGACAGAGAAAAAGAAAAGGGUCAAAUAGUUUUUCCCUCCACAAAAAUUCACUUUCACAACCAUGGACGGAGUUGAUGUUCCUUACAAUCCUCGUACUGUCGAAGAAGUCUUUCGUGAUUUCAAAGGUCGCAGAGCUGCCUUAAUCAAAGCCCUCACCAUUGAUGUCGAUGAAUUCUACCAGCAGUGUGAUCCCGAGAAGGAAAACCUCUGCCUUUAUGGAUUACCGAGUGAGCAGUGGGAAGUCAAUCUGCCAGCUGAGGAAGUGCCGCCUGAGCUUCCAGAGCCUGCAUUGGGUAUUAACUUUGCUAGAGAUGGGAUGCAAGAAAAGGAUUGGCUCUCUUUGGUUGCUGUACACAGCGAUGCUUGGUUACUUUCUGUGGCUUUUUAUUUCGGUGCUAGGUUCGGAUUCGACAAAGCUGACAGGAAGCGACUAUUUAAUAUGAUAAAUGAUCUUCCAACAAUCUUUGAAGCUGUUACAGGGUUGGCCAAGAAACAAGGAAAGGAAAAGUCAGUUUCUAAUAAUAGCAGUACCAAAGCCAAACCAAACUCUAAGCGAGGUUCUGAACCUCAGACAAAGUAUUCAAAACCAAUGGCAAUACAAAUGCAAUCAAAUGAAGAUGACGAGGAUGGUCUCGGUGCAGACGAGGAAGAUGAUGAGGAAGAACAUGGAGAUGCAUCGUGUGGGGCAUGUGGAGAAAGCUAUGCAACUGAUGAGUUUUGGAUUUGCUGCGACAUAUGUGAGAAGUGGUUUCAUGGAAAGUGCGUGAAGAUUACUCCGGCAAGGGCUGAGCAUAUCAAACAGUACAAAUGUCCAGCUUGCAGUAAGAGAGCUCGCACUUGACGAUCAGUGGAUAUAGGAGUUUGUGUAGAUUGGUGAAUGGUGACUGUAACCUUCUAUAUUUAUGACUACUAAUUUGUUUGUUUAGUAGGUCAGGCUAUUUAGUCUUGCCCUCAAUUUAAGGUAACUUAUGAUAUAUAUUAGGUGUACAAGGUACUAUCGAAUUGUUCCAAAUUAGGUUAUUUAUGUCAUUAAUAGACUUGCAUAUUGUUCUGU